ACCUUCCCUUACUCUUUCGCCCUGAACUGCGUCAACCUGAGGUAUGAAGAGGCCAGGUGGACAUAUCAGCUAACAGUCCCUUCUUGGAAACCCUUCCUUUCCUACCCUCAUCACCUCCUCACAUACAGCCAUGGCUCCGAGAAAGCGUACAAGACCCAACCCAGAGUCCACGAACCCCUCAACAGAAACUACGUCACCGACUCCGACUCCGACGUCCUCAACACUCGAAGCAGCGUCAACCCCAGCAUCCGCACCCGCACCCGCACCCGCCCCUGUACUUGCACCUGCACUUGCACCCGCCCCAGAACCCGAACCAGCAGAUGUGGGAGGCGGUAUGGCGCCGAAGAAUCGGUGCAGAAACGACAUUGACCCGAGCUGCCCAUCCGAUACCCAAAAACAAGUCCAUAAGACCAAGAGCUGGUAUGGGUCAUGGCCCAGAACUCCCAACAAGUCAUCCGCCUCGACUCCCCAGAUCGCUCGCGAGACCAUACACGGGGGUACCGUGAAACCUCCCACGACACCCGACCUGCGGAAGUAUGAACCGAAGAAGACCAGCGAUCCCGUCCACCCCCCCGAAGAUGCAGACGACGAACCGGCCACCCUACCCGAUGACGGCGAAAGCACUCUCCAAGCUUCGGAAGCAUCACAGCACAGUUCUGGUUCAAUAACUGCCAAAGAACCGGAUACGGAGGGCGAACCGGCAGACAACCACCAGCAAGCCAUUUCAACCAACGACGACGACACUUCGGCCAAAGACCAUCCCCUUGCACAACAGCCAGUGUCCCCGCAGGGCCCAGCCGUGUCUUCGGGUUGGUUUGGUUGGCUGGCGCGGUCCACGGCAGUAGAUUCCAUGCUUGGUCAUUCGACAGAAUCUCCGUCACAGACACUGGUUGAGGAGCAGCAGGACAAGCAACAGCAACAAGACGAGCAACAGCAACAGGACAAGCAACAGCAACAGGACGAGCAACAGCAACAGGACAAGCAACAGCAACAGGACGAGCAGCAGAAUCAGCAGAAAACCGGGGACGAAACGAGAGCCGAAACCUCUAGUAAUCCAGUUCCCGAGACACCGACAGCAAAGGCAGAAGAAUCCCAACCACCACCUGCUGCUACUGCGCCAUCGGGCUGGUUAAGCUUUUGGGCGACGACUCCCAAACCGGCAUCCAGCACGCAAGACGAACCCUCGAUGCCCUCCCUGCCGAACGAAUCCCAGAGUACAGCAGAGUCUCAUGACACCCCGAUGCCCGAUGCCCCUCCACCACCACCACCGACAUCCGAGUCACCACAGUCACCUGCGCCUUCUGCCGGCUCUACCUGGGCCUUCUGGUCCCGAGAUAUGCGGUCCAAACGCGGCACCGAGCCCGCUUCUCGAAAGCCACAGUCGCAUUCGGAAUCCGGAGAGCUUGCCGUCAUUGGGCAAGGCUCAGAAGCCAAGCCUGAGCCAGCUUGCGGCAUGGAGGUCACCGGCGCCCAAUGUCUCGAUACCCAGAAGGAAGUAAACACCAAACAAAAGUCCGUGACGGGAAAGAAGGCGAAGAGGAUUCGCCCCGAGUCCAUGGACCUCGACGAUGCCGCCUCCGUACGUUCAGGUGCCUCUACGUCAACAGCGCCUCAGCCUGCGGCCCCGUCGAAAACGUCUGCCGUCGACUCUACGCAAGCCAGCGCCAAGAAGAAACAGCAAUCCAUUUCGGCUUCGGAGAGCCCGGCCAAAACUCUCCCUCCCAAUCUCCUGCUUCCAUCCUUUAGUAGCACCUAUCGCAUGAAAGACAACCCGUCCAUCAUCAAGCAAAUCGGCCAGUUUUUACUUCGGACCCAGCAGCCACCCACGAACCACGUGUUCAGGGUCAAGGAUCCGCCCAAGAUCAAGAAGGCCAUAGCCAUCGGUGUCCACGGCCUGUUUCCCGCUUCCUACCUCAGGCCCAUGAUCGGGCAGCCGACGGGAACGUCGAUUCGUCUGGCCAACCAAUGUGCCGAGAGCAUCAGGAGAUGGGUCGAUGGCCACGGAUGCGCCGACUGUGAGAUCGAAAAGGUCGCGCUAGAAGGCGAGGGCAAGAUCGCAGACAGGGUGGACAAUCUGUGGAAGCUGCUCCUGAACUGGAUCGACCACAUCCGGGGCGCCGACCUGAUCAUACUGGCCUGCCAUUCGCAGGGCGUGCCCGUUGCCGUCAUCUUGUUGGCGAAGCUGAUCGACCUGGGCAUCAUCACCGACGCCAGAAUUGGAGUUUGUGCAAUGGCCGGCGUUUCACUUGGGCCCUUCCCAGACUACAAAUCCAGCAUGGCCAUGUUGAUGGGGAACGCGGCCGAGUUGUGGCAAUUCUCGAACCCCGAAAGUGAAGUGUCUAAGCGAUAUGAAGUGGCUCUGAAAGAGGUUCUGGAAUACGGCGUUCGGAUGACCUACAUCGGUAGCAUCGACGACCAACUCGUGCCGCUAGAGUCGGCCAUAUAUUCACCCGCUUCUCACCCAUACAUCUAUCGGGCCGUCUUCAUAGAUGGACGAAUCCAUGCGCCAGACUUCAUCGCACACCUCGUAGGCUUUGCCCUCAAACUUCGCAACCUUGGCAUCUCCGACCACGGUCUCAUCCGCGAGCUCUCCACCCCUCUCGCCGGGUCCCUCUACUCGGGGGAAGGCCACUCCCGCCUCUACUGGGACGACCAGGUAUACGACCUCGCCGUGGCCCACGCCCUCGAGACGACCGACAUCCCCCCGCACGCCCCGAACAGGCAGUGCCACAUCCGCCACCACCGUCCGCCCCGUCCCGAAGGAGCCGCCGGCAACGUUGGCGCGAGCCUCGCCAACCCGAACCCGUACCACCUCCCCUGGAUCAUGCGCGGCCUGCUCGAAGAAGACUUCGUCAAGACGGAGCUUUCCUCGGAGGCGGACGAGCUGCUGCGCCAGUUUGACGUGUGGAAGCCUGUUACCAAGGCGUUGAAAGACGUCAAAUAUCGCCUCGAGGCCGUGCGGUCUAAAAUUUGAACUGCUACUCUCUCUCAAGGCGAUUGGUCCUCUUUUUUUAUUUUUCUUUCUUUCCAUUCCUCCUCCUUUUCAUUUCAGCCAGCGAAUACUCUUGCGUUGUGCGGAUUCGUUCUUCUAGACUUUGGCCUGUGGUGAUAGACGCAUGGCUCGCAUGCCGCGUGGCCGAGGGCUGUCUAAGAGUUGCACAGGAGCAGACGGAUACACGAUAGAGGCGAACAUGGGAACUGUUAAUUAUUAGUGUAAAUACCCAGGUGUCUCGGAAGGUUGGGAGAAAUAGUACCCACGGGCGUUUUAAUGCGAAUACCGCAGUUCGGGGAACGGUAGCAAUGAUAUGCACAGCGGUUCCCUCACCUUGGACGUAUCGCACCACUCUAUCAGUAAUAUCGAACCCUAGUA